AUGGAGGAAGAGGGCGGUACGCCGGGGAAGGAUUGUCCAAUGAAAAGCACUAGCGCCGGACAGCAGGAUAGCGCCGGGGCAGAAGGAAAGAUGGAGAAUUUCACGGCGCUGUUCGGAGCUCAGGCUGACCCACCUCCACCGCCAACCGCACUCGGCUUCGGACCAGGGAAGCCUCCACCCCCGCCUCCUCCUCCUCCAGGCGGGGGGCCCGGCACGGCUCCGCCCCCCACCGCGGCCACGGCCCCUCCUGGUGCCGACAAAUCAGCAGCUGGUUGCGGUCCUUUCUACCUAAUGCGGGAACUGCCAGGCAGCACGGAGCUGACAGGCAGUACCAACCUGAUCACACACUACAACCUGGAACAUGCCUAUAAUAAAUUCUGUGGGAAGAAAGUGAAAGAGAAGCUGAGUAACUUCCUGCCUGACCUACCCGGAAUGAUUGAUCUGCCAGGUUCCCAUGAUAACAGCAGCCUCCGCUCCCUCAUUGAGAAGCCCCCUAUUCUUGGUGGCUCUUUCAAUCCUAUCACAGGAACCAUGCUGGCUGGAUUCCGCCUCCACACUGGCCCGUUGCCAGAGCAAUGUCGUCUGAUGCAUAUUCAGCCUCCCAAGAAGAAGAAUAAGCACAAGCACAAACAGAGCCGUACCCAGGAUCCUGUCCCCCCAGAAACGCCAUCUGAUUCAGAUCACAAGAAAAAGAAAAAGAAGAAAGAAGAGGAUCCUGAACGGAAAAGGAAGAAGAAAGAGAAGAAGAAAAAGAAGAACCGACACAGUCCAGACCACCCAGGUAUGGGCAGUUCUCAGGCCAGCAGCAGCAGCAGCCUCCGCUAACAAGACAACUGGACUCUACCAGAAUGACUUUCCUGCUGUACUGAACCUGCUGUCAAAAACUGCCUUCCUGGCUCUUGGACACUGCCUUAGGAGCAUCUCAGUGGCUGGAUCAGAAGCAGACCUACUGUGCUCAUAAGAGGAAUGCAUUAUGAGAGAGAAGGGCCAUGCUUUUGUAAGGCUCAGCCCAGCUUUCUCAUGGACAUCACUUCCUCUCCCAGGAAAGCUUUCUUUUCAUCUCUUUUGUGCAGUUUGUCUGAUUUAUAUCCUUAUCUGAUUUGUUAGGGUUUUUCUUAAAAAAAAAAAAAAUGCAUUUAUCAAACUGGCUGAAG